AAACCUCGUCCUCCUUUUUCACAGUAGCUGGCAGCUGUCCCAACUGCCUACCAAAGCCAAGUGCUUGGAGAGAGAGAGAGUGAGGAGCCAAGCAUGAAUCCCUUCCAGAAAAACGAAUCCAAGGAAACUCUUUUUUUACCUGUCUCCACUGAAGAGGUACCACCUCAAUCCUCCAACUUUCCAAAGAAACCAUCUCCGAAAAUCUGUGGCUCCAACUAUCCACUGAGUAUUGUCUUCAUUGUGGUGAAUGAAUUCUGUGAGCGCUUUUCCUAUUAUGGCAUGAAAGCUGUGCUGACCCUGUAUUUCCUGUAUUACCUGCACUGGAGUGAAGACACUUCCACAUCUGUGUACCACGCCUUCAGCAGCCUCUGUUAUUUCACUCCCAUCUUGGGAGCAGUCAUUGCUGACUCAUGGUUGGGAAAAUUCAAGACAAUCAUCUAUCUCUCCUUGGUGUAUGUGCUUGGCCAUGUGAUCAAGUCUAUGAGUGCCUUACCAAUACUGGGGGGACAAAAUUUACACAUAGUCCUGUCAAUGGUCGGCCUGAGUCUAAUAGCUUUGGGAACAGGAGGUAUCAAACCCUGCGUGGCAGCUUUUGGUGGAGACCAGUUUGAAGAAAAACAUGCAGAGGAACGGACUAGAUACUUCUCAGUCUUCUACCUCUCCAUCAAUGCAGGGAGCUUGAUUUCUACAUUUGUCACGCCCAUGCUGAGAGGAGAUGUGCAGUGUUUUGGGAAGGACUGCUAUGCACUGGCUUUUGGAGUUCCAGGACUGCUUAUGCUGAUAGCUCUUGUUGUUUUUGCAAUGGGAAGUAAACUAUACAGAAAACCACCUCCUGAAGGAAACAUACUGAAUCAAGUGGUCAAAUGUAUCUGGUUUGCCAUUUCCAGCCGUUUCAAGAACCAUUCUGGGGACAAUCCCAAGCGAGAGCACUGGCUGGACUGGGCAGCUGAGAAAUACCCAAAGCAGCUCAUUAUGGAUGUGAAGGCACUGACCAGGGUACUGUUCCUUUAUAUCCCAUUGCCCAUGUUCUGGGCGCUUUUGGAUCAGCAGGGCUCACGAUGGACCUUGCAAGCCACCAGGAUGAAUGGGAAUUUGGGUUUUUUCGUGCUUCAGCCUGAUCAGAUACAGGUGCUAAGUCCCUUUUUGAUUGUUAUUUUCAUCCCACUGUUUGACCUUGUCAUUUAUCGUCUGGUCUCCAAGUGUGGCAUUAACUUCACAUCGCUUAGGAAAAUGGCUGUUGGUAUGAUCCUAGCAUGCCUGGGCUUUGCAGUUGCUGCUGCUGUAGAGAUAAAAAUUAAUGAAAUGGCCACAUGCCAGCCAAAUUCCCAAGAGAUUUUCCUACAAGUCUUGAAUCUGGCAGAUGAUGAGGUCGAAGUAACAGUGCUGGGUGAUGAAAAUAAUACUCUGUUGGCAGAGUCCAUCAAAUCCUUUCAGAAUAUGCCACACUAUUCCAAACUCCACCUGAAGACAAAAAGCCAGAAUUUCCGCUUUCAACUGAAAUAUCACAAUGUGUCUGUCUACACUGAGCAUUCUGUGGAGGAGAAAAUGUGGUACACUCUGAUCAUUCGAGAAGAUGGGGAAAGUAUUUCUAGCAUGAUGGUGAAGGAUGAAGAAAACAAAACAACCGAUGGGAUGACAGCCAUGAGGUUUGUUAACACUUUGCAUGAAGAAGUCAAUGUCUCCCUGGGUACAGAUGCAUCCCUCAUUGUUGAUGAAGACUAUAGUGUGUCUGCUUACAGAACUGUGCAAAGAGGAGAAUAUCCUGUGGUGCAUUGUAGAACAAAAAAUGAGGAUUUUUCACUGAAUUUGGGUUUACUAGACUUUGGUGCAGCUUAUCUGUUUGUUAUUACAAAUAGAACCAAUCAGGGUCCUCAGGCCUGGAAGAUGGAAUACAUCCCAGCCAACAAAGUGUCUGUUGCAUGGCAGCUACCACAAUAUGCCCUUGUUACAGCUGGGGAGGUCAUGUUCUCUGUCACAGGACUUGAGUUUUCUUAUUCUCAGGCUCCCUCUAGCAUGAAGUCUGUACUCCAGGCGGCCUGGUUGUUGACUAUAGCACUUGGGAAUAUCAUCGUGCUUAUUGUGGCACAGUUCAGUGGCCUGGCCCAGUGGGCUGAAUUCAUUUUCUUUUCCUGCCUUAUGCUGCUGGUCUGCCUGAUCUUCUCCAUCAUGGGAUACUACUAUGUUCCUUUAAAGCUAGGGGAUGUUCAGGGGUCAGCAAAUAAGCAGACCCCCCAAAUCCAAGGAAAUAUGAUCAACCUGGAAACCAAGAAGACAAGGCUCUAAUGGUUCCCUAGACUCUGCCCAGACCCCAGUUCCUGACUCUGGUCUUGGCCAUCACCAUCUUCAAGCAUUUUUUACUGCAACUUGGUUGGAAGAGAGAAGUAGCAUCACAACGAACUGAUCUCCUUCACUUUUCUCUGAUGAUAGAGGCAGUUCUAGGACUGGGCUUUUCAGUACAUUAAAGCAAGGUCCCUGAGACUUGAUGUCUUCCCAUAUGUCACUGAACUCAGUAAACCUUGUGUGGUUUUGCUGCAGCUGGCCUGGCAUCUCCAAAAACACAAAUGUAUAAUUCAGAUUGAUCUUUGUGGUUAUCAAAGUUCUGUAUGAAUUCUUUUACCUGCCAUUUAGAGCAGAUGACCCCACCUUUUGAAGUGCUGAUUUAGGGCCAAAUUUCAGAAUAACAGAGAAAUGGUAUUUUCAAAUGUCUUCAUUAACAGUGUAUUUGUUGUUUAUAAGGACUUCAAGAAUUGGUAUGUCUGAUGUGAUCUCAUCCAGGGCCUGACUUGUCAGCUAUUCAGGUUCACUAAGACUGUAGUAAAUUUUUCAGUACAAAUAAUAAAAGACAAAAUGAUAUUUUAUUAACA